AUGUUCGAGACCGCAUUGCACAUGGCAAAUUCUCAUCGUCGUCUUUGCAGUGCUGUCGAUGCUGAUGCUCUUGAACAAGUUAAUGUAAGGAGAACCCAAGGGCCACAUGGAAUGCCAUGUAUUCUAAACUCUUCUUCGUUGAUUUGCCGCUUUUCAUGCCUGUUGACAAUAUUUUCCCUUGUUUGCUCCAGUUCUCCUAUCAUUUCGACUUCAGUCCCAAUCUAA